GCAUAGUUUUUUUUACAUUGUACUUCUAGUGUUUUGUUAAUUUCGUUCAAAAGUUCUUUUUAAGAAAAUAAUAUAAAAGAAGAUUUAAAAAAGUUAUGUUAAAGUAUUAAAACACUAGUAUAGUGUUAAAUUAUAAUGAAAUUAUACGAAUUACUUACCCUAAUGGGUAUUUUUUGGACAGCACAUGGUCAAUACAAUCAGUUGGAGGAACAAUAUUGUACUAUACCUAAAAUCCUGCAGGGAUCAUGGUUUUCUUGGGAAUCUGGUUUACCCACACAAACGGUAAUAGAUGCCAGACAAAUGAGUAAACGAGGCUACUGCAUAACAAUGGAAAAACAUCACGGCGAUGAGUAUUCGUUUGUAUUUGAAGAACGCGGCAAGGGUUGCUAUCAUUGUGUGAAAACCUUCAUAAGGACCUUAAAUGUUUUUGAGAAAUUUGAAAGUCCCUGUGUUACCAUACCCGAUGGUUCUAAGCCCUCGGUACAAAAUGUUUGCCGUGGCAUAAAGGAUGAUCAACAAUUGAUAACGUUGUUUAAUGAAAACUUUGUACCCAUCAAUUGUCGCAGUUCGUUGGAAGGUGUCUGGCAUUUUACCUAUCAAAAUCGUUUCCGUUUUACGGGUGUCUGCAAUAAGCCCGAUGCCAGAAUACAGUCCUGCCAAACAGCCGGUACUCAGUUCUUGAUACAAAAUCAAAAGUUUAAUAUCACUUAUCAACAGUGUGAGGGUAUGGAAGGCACCUUUAGUGGUUUAGUAGAAUACAGUUGUUUGGGUGAUUGGUUUGUGGGUAAAAAUCAUUACUUUGCUGUGGCCAAUACGAAAGAAUCUCGAAAAGAUGAAAAAUAUCGUUGUUUCCUAAAGAAUCGAGAUGAUGACUUGUAUGUGGGUGUAUCCAUUACAGCCGAGUGUAAUACUCUAAAAACUCCUGAAAAUUCUCCUGAACGUCUAAAACUUACACCUGUCAAAGCAGAAUAUGUAGAACCUGGUUGUACAUUACCGCAGAAUUUCUCUGGUGAAUGGGUUAAUACAGCCAAUAUUGAUGCCGAUGUCAUUAUUAGUGAGACACACAUCAAUGAAACCUAUUAUCCAGAUAAGGCUCGUUAUAGGCGUACGAUUUAUGUUUGUCGAGAACGUCGUGGCAAUCGUAUUAUGAUGGCUCGCCUCACAGUCGAUGGUUGUCAAAAGGAUUACGUUUGUUUUGAUUUUAUGCCCCGACAUCAUAAUGUUAUUCGUUAUCGUAAAGGUUUGGCGGUUAUUAAAGACGACUUUAGUACGGUGUGCUCGUGGGUUCAAUUCAAAAAUGAUGAAGCUUGGAAAUACGAUUUAUUUUUGGCAAAAAAUCCUGUACCGGUUAGAUGUCCAGUUGCGGGCAAAUUUAAUUUUACACAACGUGGUGAACAUCCGUUUAAAACGAGAAUUUUGGGUGGUGUUACUUUGAGUCCUCGUCCCGAUAUACGUUGCAAGCAAAAUAUAUCCGAUUUAUCAGUGUGUGAUACAGAUCAAAAGGAAAUGGCAGUCGAUGAAAACUAUUGUUUAUCUGUAGAUCACUUGGGUCGACCAGUAGAUAUUUACAGUGAUCCCGAUUAUCGCAUGAAAUGUAUUGGUUUCUGGAAGGAAAAUUUAAAAUCAUACUUGAUAACCUAUGACGAUUUGGAUCCUUUGUCUAAAUACAGAUGUUGGGUCUAUCAAAGGGCCGAUUUAAACAGAGUUUUAAUGUCACAAGCUGUUGGAGCUUUUUGUAAACUUAAUCAGGAUGUGACUUCUUGGAACCAUAGCGAGGGCGCUGCUGUCGCUAUUGAUGCCAUAGAAUACGAACGUGAACGCGAUGAUUGUCCCAUGUAUUUUGAUGAUGGUGAAAAUCCAUGGCGUCAAUCUGAUGCCUCCAAUAUUAUUUUCGAUUGGGACUUUUAUAAGGCUGGUGCAAGUCGUCUCGAGACGUUAGUAAAUAUCGAAAUUGUAUUAUCUUUAACAUUGGGUUUCAUUAUCAUCAAAUUAUUACGUUUUUAUAUAUAACCUAUAAUAUUAAUUAGGUUGUUUUUCUAAAAGUACGAUUUAUAGUUACAAUUUUUACCAAACAAUAUUUUUAUAGAAAUUCAAAUAUCUGAGAAUCUCUUAGUAAAAAAUGUGUCUUAUUAGUUGUAAGUUUACAUACAAAAUUGUACAAUUUUAUACUUUCCGUCCAUUCCAAUGUAUUUUUUUUAUAAUUAUGUCAUAUUAUUUUAAGUCUACAUUCCGUCCCUAGUUGUAGAGUGGAUUAAACAUAUCACCAAUUAUUACAACUAUUUUAUACAAAUUAUUAAUAGUAUAUAUACACAAAUAAACUGUGUUAAAUGACGAUUUUUUUUAAAUAAAACAAGUUUGAUAAUUUAAGUAGA